AUGGACGGCCGCGACUUCGCGCCCGCCCCGCGGCUGCUGCCGGAGCGGGGCGGCCUCGGACAGCGGCACGGUGCGGGGCGCGGCCCGGGCUCGGCGCCCCCCGGCCCCUUCCAGCCCGCCAAGUUCUUCCCCGCGCCCAUCUCCAUGGCCACGCACUCAGCAGGGAGCGGACUGAUGGGGAGUGCACCCGCCUCGUCCUUCAUGGGGAGCUUCCUGAGUGGCAGCCUGGGCUCGGGGGGCCCCAGCCACCCUUCGGGCCCCACAGCCUCCCCCCCAGAGCCGGCUUUCCGCGGGCCGCACUCCGGCACCUCCCAGAUCUGGUUCUCACACUCCCAUGAAGCACCGGGGUACCCCCGCUUCUCCGGGAGCCUGGCAUCCACCUUCCUGCCCAUGAGCCACCUGGACCACCACGGGAACAGCAACGUCCUCUACAGCCAGCACCGCUUCUACGAGAGCCAGAAAGAUAACUUCUACCUGCGCAACCUGCCCGCCCAGCCCGCCCUGCUUCCCGCCGGCCACGGCUUCCCCGGCAUCGCCCGCGCCGCCCCCGGCCCCCCCGCCGGCUCCUGCAGCCGCGAGCGCGACGCCGGCCCCCUGCCCAAGACCCCCAAGGACUACGACCGCUUCCUUGCGGCCAAGGAGAAGGCGAGCAAAGCGGACGGCAAGGAACGGGUGCCGGAGGACGACGGCAAGGAGCGGCACCGCGCCGUGCUGCCGGUGCCACCCGAGGGGCACUGCAAGGAGGGGCUGCCCCCCCGGGCGGGCGCCAAGCACCUGCCCUCCUGCCUGCUGGGUGCCAAGGGGCUGGAGGGCGACGGCCGCGCCGCGCUGCCCAGCUGUGCCGGCAGCGCUCUGCCCCGCGCCGUGCGCUGCGCCAAGGAGCCGUGCCGUGAGCCCGCCGCCCCCGAAGCCCCCCCGGCGUACGGAGAGUGCCUGGAGCGGCGGCAGAUGCUGCACCACGCCGUUUCCUACGCCGUGCCCGCUGGUCCGGCCCCGCUCGGCGCCGCGGCCGCCGGUUCCUUCCCCUGUCUGCAGCUGCACGCCGGCCCCGACGUGCUGUGCCCGCUGCCGGAGAAGGGCGGGCGGGAGCUGAAGCUGAGCGGUGCCACCUUCGUGCCUUCGGUGGGACACCUGACGGACAAGAGCCGCUCCUUCCAGGUGGCGGCCGAGGGCUGCGGGAUGGAGCGCGCCGAGAGCAAGGAGCGGCACGGCGACACCGAAAACCCCGGCGCUGCCUACGGGGCUGCGUUCCACCACGGCAAAGCCGAGGGCAAAGCCGAGCGCAGGAUGGAGUGGGGCGGCCCCGGCGCGCGGCUGAAGGGCUUGGAGUACCUGGGGGGCGGGGGAGCGGCCGAGGGGGCCCCCUAUGGUGCCCUCGGCCCCCCGCCCAAGGGCACCCUGGAGAAGGGGUACUUCGAGGUGCCGCCUGCCCCCGACUGCGCCCGCGCCCCACACCACGGCGAGCCGCUGGGCGCCAAGCUGGGCCCCUCCUGCUGCACUUUAGAGAAGGGCCCCAAGGAGCCCCCCCCGCAGAAGGUGGCGCGGAUCCGGCACCAACAGCACGGCACCGGCGCCGAGGCGGAACAGUCCGAGGGUCAGCGCAAAGGUCUGGAGCUGAACUCGCUGGGUUACACCGCACCCCCCCUGCCCCCCUGGGGUGUGCAGGGCCAGGGCCCCCCCAUGGGCAUGGCGGAGGAGAGGAAGGGUUCCUACCUGGACCCCUUUGGCACGGGUCUGCAGCAGGCUGCACUGAUGACUCAGGGCUCGGUGCUGAGCCAGGAUAUGCCCACCCCCCCGGAUGAGGUCUCGGCCAUGAAGAAUCUCCUCAAGUACAGCAACCAAGCACUUAUCGUGGGUCAGAAGGCCGCUCCCUUCGUGGGGCUGGGCGGCAUCAAGGGCAGCUGUGCCCACCAGGAUGCCAAGUUCCCCCCCCCGGCCAAGGGGCAGCCGGAGCUGCCAGACUGCGCCCGAAGCCGUGAGCACGAGCUGGGGCACGGCGAGGGUGAGGUGCGGCAGCCACCGGUGGGCAUCGCCGUGGCCGUGGCACGGCAGAAGGAUACACUGAGCCGUCCUGAGCCUUCCUAUGGCAGUGGGUCCAGCCGGCAGGGCAGGACGGCCACUGGCAUCAAAGCCGGCACUACGCGGCCCAUGCACGUCAUCGACCUGGAGGCAGAGGAGGAGAGGGGUCGGCUCUGUGAGGAGCGCCUGGGGCUGCCGGGACGAGAGCUGCUGCUCCAGGACAACAAGGAGCUGGUGGAGUUUGCACGGAUGCACCCCUCGGGGGGUUGUCCCGGAGACCUCACCCCCCACCUGAUGAUGGCGGGGGGCUCCUCGCUGCCAGCAGGGCAGCUCGGGGGGGACCCGGCUGCCCACGCACACCCGGCGCACACGCAUUGGCUGCCCCGCACCCGCAGCCCCUCCAUCUGGAUGGGGGGGCACUCCUACGGCAUUGGCCACCCCGCGCUGCACCAGAACCUGCCACCCGCCUUCCCCACCUCCAUGCCCAGCACCAUGCAGCCCGUCUUCCCCCUCUCCCAGGAGCCCCCCACCCAGCUCGUCAUCCUGCCCACCGAGCCCCCUACCCACGGCACCCCCCACACGCUGGCUGACGUGAUGGACCAGGCGUCACUGUGGCCCCCCAUGUACCCAGGCCGGGGUCCCAGCGCCCACCUGCAGCACACGGGGCAGCUGCCUGUGUACUCGCGCUCCCAGUUCCUGCGACAGCAGGAGCUCUACGCCCUGCAGCAGCAGCGGGCGGCCCAGGCCCUCGAGAUCCAGCGCCAGGCUCACGUCCAGCGCAAGCCGGAGGAGCAGCCCCUGGAGCUGGAGAACAUGGGUCCCGAGAAGCCCCUCAAGCCCUCUCACAAAGCAGUUGCCUUAAACCCCCCGGCCAAGGGCAUGUCCUCGGCUGCACCUGGGCCUCCCAAGCUGUCCCCUUGCUGCCACUCCCCGGCCCUGCGGCACCCGGCCAAGUGCCCCGUGGCGCUCCCCACGGCCCCCUGCACUUUACCCGUCUGCCCCACUGCCAGCUCUGCUGUGGCCCCGCGCUCCCCGGCUGACAGCCCCGUCCCCGUGCAGAGCAAGGGCAGCGACGGCGAGGACAAGCGUGGGGAGGGACAGCCGCCCCGUGACUACCCCAAGUCCCUGGAGCCAGACCUGCCCCCAGGGUACAGCUACCCCGCGUCCAGCAUGGGCUUCUCGGAGGUGCCCCCUGCCGAGCCCGCCGACCCCGACACCAUGCAGGCGGGCUCCCCUCCAGCUGAGCCCGAGCAGUCACGGACCUUCAGCCCCGCCGAGGAGCCCGUUGCUGCGCGGGAGCUGCCAUCCACGGGGGCUGCAGCCGAGGGUCCGGGUGCCGUGCUGCACCGGCACCACCUGCUGCUGGCUGCGGCGCCGGGCGCUGUGCCCGGAGAGGAGAACUUUGGGGCGUGCAGGGAAACAGCAGCGGCGUUGGAGCAGAGCUCUGUAGAGCAGCAGCACCCGGUGCCCACAGAGGGAUCCUCCCCGCUGGGCCCCCCGGAUGGCGAGGAGGAAGAGGAGGAGGAGGAGGAUGAAGAAGAGGAAGAAGGUGACAGCGAAGGCUCAGGGCCGGAGGGGAGCUGUGAUGAGGAGGAGGAGGGCGACGGCCCCAGCCGUGCACCCAACAUGCAGCAGUGCUGCACAGGAGGGCUGGAGGUUCUCAUCGCCGCUGGCAUCGACCUGGGGGAGCUGCCAGCGCUGGGGUCCCCCAGGGAGCCCCCCCCAGCACCCCCUUCUCCUGCACCCUGCACCGUGGGACUGCCUGGCAUCGCGCUGCUCAGCGAGCUGGCCGAACUGGAGCUGCGCCAACGCCGCUGUGACUUGGCCAUGGAAGGGGAGGGCGAGGACCUGCUGGCCUUCAACCUACAGAACCUGGCCACGGUGGCAGCCGCCUGGUCUCUAGUGGAGGCAGCCAGCCGAGAGGGCAGCCCCCCAGCACUCAGCCCCCUGCCCGCCUCCCCGCCGCCCCGUGCCCGCGUGCCGCGCCGCAAAUACACCUGGACCCCCAAAACCAAGGCGGUGUGCCCGCUGAAGGCGGCCAUUGAGCAGCUCAACACUCAGGAGGUGGAGGUGCGGAUGCGGCUGGCUGAGCUGCAGCGGCGUUACAAGGAGAAGCAGCGUGAGCUGGUGAAGCUGCAGCGGCGGCACGACCACGAGCGUGACGAGAGCUCGCGGAGCCCGGCGCGGCGCGGGCCGGGGCGGCCGAGGAAGCGCAAGCACUGCAGCACGCUGGGCCGGGCCGAGAGCCGCAAGGUCAAGGCGGUGCAGAGCAGCCUGUCCCUGCUGUGUGCCGAGCUGCGCGCCGAGCCCCAGCCCAAGAAGAAGCGCAGCAAACUGGAGCAGCAGUACGGAGCCAUGGCGGGGGCUGCGGAGAAGGUGCGGUGCAAGAAGAGCAGCGCGCAGAGCAAGCUGGCCUGUAAGGUGGCUCACAAAGUGUCGCAGCUGAAGCAGAAAGUGAAGAGCAAAGGGCUCCCUGCUGGCAUCAGCCCCUUCCGACGGAAAGAGCCCAACCCUGGCGGCCGCAUCCAGAAGAAGCUGUCUCGCCCCAAGAGCUCCAAGGGCACAGCCAAGUACCAGCCCCAGGAGCCCGACCCCUGUGAGAUCUCUGGCUUCAAAGAUGGGCACAACGAGGACUCAGACAGCGAUGAUGGGGAUGAGGAGCCCGACCUGGCUCUGCUGCCCUCAGUGCCCAUGGCUGUGCUGGGGCCCUCCCCGUCCUCUGUGGUGAAGAUGGAGGCCAACGAGAAGGCGAAGAAGAAGAAGGAAAGGCAGGGGCUGCUAGGUCCGUGCCGCCUGGGCAGCCCUGAGGGCGAGGUGAAGAUCAAGCAGCGGCCUGGCAAGCCGAGUGCCGGCAAGCUGGAGAAGGUGCCGGCACGACGCAAAGCGGGCGGCUGCGAGGAGGGGAGCAGCAAGAAGAAGCUGAAGGCAAAACCCAAAGAAAGCCUCCGGGCGGCCGUAACCGGCGGCCCCAGCUCCGCCACCCCCCCCUCUGCCUGCAGCCUGUUUGGUGCUGCGGACCCCCGGCACUUUGGGGCGAGGGAGGACGGCGCACGGCUGGCCAGUGAGCGGCUCAAGAAGGCCACACGCAAGAGCAAAGUGCUGCAGUCAGCACUGCGGCGGAAGAACGGGGCCCUUUCGCUGGCCCUCUCACCCCGGAGUGCCAAAACCAUCCUGAGCAAGGGCAAGAAGCUGGGCAAGGUGAAGAGCAAAGUGGCCAGCAAGCAGUGCAAGGGCCGGGCGGUCAGCAAGCUGCUGGAGAGCUUCACCGUGGAGGACGACUUCGACUUCGAUGACAACAGCAGCUUCUCGGAGGAGGAGGAGGAGGGCAGCGCAGGCGGGCGCCGCUCCCCCCCACUCCACACCUGCGCCAUCCAGAAGGAAGACCUGCGGGACGGGCUGCACAUCCUCAUCCCCAAGGAAGACAGCCUGCUGUAUGCCGGCAGCGUGCGCACCAUCCAGCCCCCCGACAUAUACAGCAUCGUCAUCGAGGGUGAGAGGGGGAACCGGCAGCGCAUCUACUCACAGGAACAGCUGCUGCAGGAGGCAGUCCUGGACGUGCGGCCACAGUCACGGCGCAGCCUUCCUCCCGGCACCCGCGUCUGCGCCUACUGGAGCCAGAAGUCACGCUGCCUGUACCCAGGGAACGUGGUGCAAGGCUCCUCCAGCGACGAGGAGGAGGACGACCCCGAGGCGGUGAUGGUGGAGUUCGAUGAUGGGGACACGGGGCACAUCGCCGUGUCCAACAUCCGUCUGCUGCCACCUGACUUCAAGAUCCAGUGCACAGAGCCGUCCCCUGCGCUGCUGGUGUCCAGCUCGUGCCGGCGGAACAAGCGCUCCUGUGGUGAUGUGGCUUCCCCUGGCGAGCUGCCCCCUGGACUGUGCACCGAGAGGCACGACGGCCCCAAAGGCCCCAGGAGUUCGGGCAAGAAGGCGAUCUGCAAGGAGAAAAGCGGCAAAGCCCUGGAGCUGCUGUCGGGCAGCCGUGCGCCGGCGCUGGGGCGGCAGGGCGGCCCUCUGCUCAGCUGGUCGGCGGUGGCACAGACGAAGCGGAAGGCGGCGAGCAAAGGCACGGCCGUGCUGCAGAACCUCUUCCAGGUGAACGGCAGCACCAAGAAGCUGCGUGCCAAGGAGGCCCUGUUCCCCGUGCACCACCACGUCGCCGCUCCCGUCUUCGGCAACGGCUUCGGGGCCGACUCGUUCAGCCGCAUCGCCAGCUCCUACGCGUCCUUCGGAGCCGGCGCCGGGCUGGUGCUGCCGACCGCGCAGAAGCUGCUGCGCUGCAAGAAGGCGGAGCGGCUGGAGGCUGAGAUGGGCAAAGGCAGCCGGCGCAGGGCUGGCGGCGAGUUCCUGGUGAAGCUGGACCACGAAGGGGUGACGUCCCCCAAGAACAAGAACUGCAAGGCCCUGCUGCUGGGCGAGAAGGACUUUGGGGCCAAGCUGGAGCGGCCGCUGGCCAGCAGCUACCCGCACUCGGCGCUGGGCAAGGAGAGGAAGGGGAGGGCGGCCGUGCACCCGCUGCCUGUGGGGCUGGCGCUGCGGAAGUACUCGGGUCAGGCCGAGUUCAGCCUGAACUGCGACAGCGACUGCCACAGCUCGUACUCGGACAUGGAUGAGGAGGAGGAUGCGGGCGGGCUGGGUGCCGACGUGCCCUCGCGCUUCAUGACCCGCCUGUCGGUGUCCUCCUCUUCCUCGGGCUCCUCCACUUCCUCCAGCUCCGGCUCCAUCUCCACCUCCAGCCUCUGCUCCUCCGACAACGAGGACUCGUCGUACAGCUCGGAGGACGAGGACUCGGCUCUGCUGCUGCAGACCUGCCUCUCGCACCCGGUGCCGGCGCUGCUGGCGCAACCCGAAGCUCUGCGCUCCAAAGGCUCCGCGCCGCAGCGCUGCUUCCUCACCAAGGCGGCCGCCGCCGGCCCCAAGGCCAAGCUCAAGCGCAAGGAGGCCCUCAGCUUCUCCAAAGCCAAAGAGUUCUCCCGGAGGCAGCGGCUGCCCUCGGUGGAAAACCGGCCAAAGAUCUCCGCCUUCCUGCCCGCGCGCCAGCUCUGGAGGUGGUCGGGGAACCCCACGCAGCGGCGGGGCAUGAAGGGGAAGGCACGGAAGCUGUUCUACAAGGCCAUCGUGCGGGGCAAGGAGACGCUGCGCAUCGGGGACUGCGCCGUCUUCCUGUCGGCUGGGCGGCCCAACCUGCCCUACAUCGGGCGCAUCGAGAGCAUGUGGGAGUCCUGGGGCAGCAACAUGGUGGUGAAGGUGAAGUGGUUUUACCACCCCGAGGAGACCAAGCUGGGCAAGAGGCAGAGCGACGGCAAGAACGCUCUGUACCAGUCGUGCCACGAGGACGAGAACGAUGUGCAGACCAUCUCCCACAAGUGCCAGGUGGUGGGCAGGGAGCACUACGAGCAAAUGACCCGCAGCAAGAAGUACCAGGACCGCCAGGAUCUCUAUUACCUGGCG